ACCAUACGGUCACGUGUUCAUUCAUGACCGUCAACUUCCUGUUUUGGAUUUCAUUCUUAGUUGCAUUGAAGUUCACGUAAAAUUGACCGCGUGUACACCACUUGUCUGUAUAUUUGCAAGACACACAUUUUUCAAUGAGUGUAUGACCUCAUAGGUAAGUGUCUUCCCCUGUCAAUUAACUGGAAGACCGUAUUUGCUCACGUUAACAUCGGUUUCAUAUUCAGACGAUAGACAUAAGGCAGCCAGCUGUCAGGUAGCCAGCAGUGCUACUGUCAUCUACAGUGACAUAGCCGCGUACCUUGCUGAACGAAGAUACAAACGUGCUUAUCAGACAAAGCCAUGGCGAACCUGCUUUCCCUGCAGUUCAGUGCCUCUCUCAGACACACGGGCAGGCUAGUGUCUCCUAGAGCCGCGUCCUUGACUCAGAGACGCUUCAAACAGGACUCUUCUGCAGAGUACCUUCACAAAAGCAUUGUACCCUCAAUGCAUUACCAAAAGAGUCUGCCUAGACUACCUGUUCCCAAACUAGAAGAUACCAUCAGAAGAUAUUUAGCGGCUCAGAAACCACUGUUGGACGAUGACCAAUUCAGGACCACUGAGAACUUGGCCAAGGAUUUUCAGAGUACGACAGGGAAGACCUUGCAUGAAGAACUGGUGGCCCAGGACAAGAGCAACAAGCACACCAGCUACAUCUCAGCGCCAUGGUUCGACAUGUACCUCUCGGCCCGGGAGUCUGUGGUGCUGAACUUUAACCCCUUCAUGUCCUUCAACCCGGACCCCCGGACCGAGUACAACGACCAGCUGGUCCGCGCCACCAACGUGGUGUGCUCGGCCGUGCGCUUCAUGAAGACCCUGCGGGCGGGGGUCCUGGCCCCCGAGGUCUUCCACCUCAACCCGUCCAAGAGCGACACGGACGGCUUCAAGAGGCUGAUCCGCUGGGUGCCUUCCUCACUGUCCUGGUACGGAGCCUACAUGGUGAACGCCUAUCCCCUGGACAUGUCCCAGUACUUCCGCCUCUUCAACUCCACCCGCGUGCCUAAGCAGGGCCGGGACGAGCUAUUCACAGACGCAAAGGGGCGGCAUCUGCUGGUGAUGCGGAAGGGCAACAUGUACUCGUUCGACGUGGUCGACCCCGACGGCAACAUGGUGAGGCCUGCCGAGAUCCAGUCCCACCUGAACUACAUCCUGGCGGACGAGAGCCCGGCCGCAGCCCACCCUCUUGGGGUGCUGACCAGCGAGAACCGGGACGUGUGGGCAGGGCUGAGGGAGAAGCUAGUCGCCGCGGGCAAUGGCGAGACACUGCAGGAGGUGGACAGCGCGCUGUUCUGCCUGUGCCUCGACGACGAGGACAUGCGCGACCACAUCCACACCUCCCACAACAUGUUGCACGGCGACGGCUGCAACCGCUGGUACGACAAGUCCUUCUCAGUGGUGCUGGCCCGGGACGGCCAGACCGCCAUUAACUUCGAGCACUCGUGGGGCGACGGCGUGGCCGUGCUGCGCUUCCAGAACGAGAUCUUCAAGGACACCACGGAGCAGCCGCUGGUACACCCGGGCUCCGCCCCCACCGGCGCGGACUCGGCGGCCGCGGUGCGCAGGCUCCGUUUCCACCUCGAUGACGCGCUGCGCGCCGGCAUCGACGCCGCCAAGGAGAACUUUGACGCGGCCGUGUCCGAGCUCACCAUCGACGCCUUGGAGUUCAAAAAGGGCGGGAAAGAGCAGCUGAAGAAGCAGAAGCUGAGCCCCGAUGCGGUGGCCCAGCUGGCGUUUCAGAUGGGCUUCCUGCGGCAGUACGGCCACACGGUGGCCACGUACGAGUCCUGCAGCACGGCCGCCUUCAAGCACGGACGCACCGAGACCAUCCGCCCGGCCACGGUACACACCAAGCGCUGCGCCGAGGCCUUCGUCCAGCGGCCGGGGGAGCACAGCGUGGAUCAGCUGGUAGAGAUGCUGAAGGAGUGCUCCAAAUACCACGGGCAGCUCACCAGGGAGGCCGCCAUGGGUCAGGGUUUCGACCGCCACCUCUUCGCUAUGCGCUAUCUGGCCAACACUAAAGGGCAGGCCCUCCACGACUUAUACAAGGACCCGGCGUACGCGGCCAUCAACCACAACGUCCUGUCCACCAGCACCCUCACCAGCCCGGCCGUCAGCCUGGGCGGCUUCGCGCCGGUCGUCCCAGACGGCUUCGGCGUAGGCUAUGGUGUCCACGACGACUGGAUCGGCUGCAACGUCUCCAGCUACCCAUCCCGCGACGUCCACGAGUUCCUGCGGUGUGUCGACAAGUCUCUAGAGGACAUCUUCACUGUGUUGGAGGGGAAGCCCAUCAACUAAAAUGGCUGCUUUAGCAUCAGCUUCUUGAUGAUUUUGAAUAAUGGGACAAACGAUGCAGUGAUUGUGAAAAAUGGUAGGGUUAGUAUGAGAUUCAAUGUUUUGGGUCUGCUAUGGUCAUAUUUAUUUAGAUAUACUUUAAGUUACUGUAAAAUGAAUUGACUAAAUUUAGAACUUAAUAUCAUAUUUAUAAGUGGCUUACUGUAAAUGUAUUGACUUUAGCUUCUGACAAAGUCAUGCAUUGAAAUACUAGAAACCAUAAAAGCCUUAGUGAAACGUAAAUAUUGUUGACAUUGACCAUACUGGAUGACUAGUUUGACAUGAUAUGGCUAGGGUAUCGAGCCUUAGUCAGGGAAAGAAACGCGAGUUACCGCCAUUCAGAUUCUUUGCUACAUUUCCAUAUAAAGCUCUCCAUGUCACAGGUACAUACUUCCUUAAAAGCCUUGUCCUUUUCUGAAAUGGGCAGAAAUAAAAUAAUUAUAUUUUGUAAAAGUUUGUUUAUUUACCAAAUGCAUUUGACAACAAAGGACAUUUCUAUAAACCAGAACAACAACAGUUGUUCAAAAGAUCGUUCAGAGAAAUCAAAAUAAAAGGCUUCAUCAACAAAAAAAAAAAGUACAAAAGCUGUACGUACAACAGGAUCAACAUUAAAGAAAUUCGAAAGUAAAUGGGAAUCAUUUUAGAUGGGCUUGAUUUUGAAGUGUAGGCCGAUUAGACUGAAGACGAGACAUUUCAGGUCCUGGACCAGGUAGUAGAAGACACGGAGACCCUCUGGAUCUCUGCACAAGAUAGGAAGAUGGAGGUUUCAGAAACGUUGGUCAUCGACCAGGCACUACGACACCAAAUUAGAAGACUACAAGCAGGCCUGUGAACGGGGUUCUUCAAAUCUGCUUUUUCAUCACGAUUUUUUUGUACAUCUAUAUACGUUUUCCUAGGCAGAUUAACCAUUUGAUUGGAAGUUGUACUUACUUAGACUGGUUUACGUCAAUCAAGGAGCCGAUUUUCGAUGUUGUGAAAGAAAUGUGUUCAUCUCCAAUGACUAUCUCCAACUCCUGUGGAAAUGGAGAAAGAGUUGAAAUUCACUUAACAGCGAUCUGCCGACGUUGUGUUAUUGUUGGACCAUCAAUCAAUAUAAAUAACUCAUUAUGGAGCUAAAAUUGUGAUUUUAUGAUGAUUUCCCACAGGUACUAAGAUUUGAGUAUCGAACCUGUCUUCCGACUCUAUCAGGUGGUGGCCAAAGCGCGUCGUCUUCCUUGGUUAUUUCACUGUCGUCGAUGAUCCUCUUGAGUUCCUCCAUCACACUCUUGUGUACAUAGGCCUAAAACAGUCAACAGGGAAUGAGG